AGGUUGACGGUUUCUCUAAGUGAUGAGUAGAUUCCUGACUGGGAAAGACAGUCGCUCUGGUCCUCUUGCUUUGACUGGUUCUCGUUUCUCGCCGUCCUUUCUCCUGUCGGCGUCUCUAACGUCUUCCUCGACUCCUUGAGUGUUUCCUGUCUCCCUCGACGUCCUAGAACUUCAGUCCUGACGCAGUGAAGAGUCUGCCGUUUUGAGAGAGGUCGCGUGGAGCAGCUGGCAGCAGACUUAGUGACGUAAUGCAAGAAGCAAGAGUCCAGCGCAGUACAGAAGGAAAGAGAAUCAUCCAACGAAGCAUCAGGUUGAAGACAUCGCAGGUGGUGUUAGGAAUAGAGACGAGCUGUGAUGAUACAGGUGCAGCUGUUGUUGAUGACACAGGAGCAGUGUUGGGCGAGGCAUUACACAGUCAACAUAGUGUACAUUUGAAACAUGGAGGUAUUAUCCCACCUGUAGCACAAGUAAUGCAUCAGCAGAAUAUUAAAGGAGUUGUCAAUGAUGCUUUGGAGAAAGCCGGACUAGUAUUGACAGACAUAGACGCAAUUGCCACUACUGUCAAGCCAGGUCUGGCCCUGUCCCUGUCUGUAGGCACACAUUAUGGCAAGAUUCUUGCUCUCAGUGCUGGGAAACCUUUCAUUCCCAUACACCACAUGGAAGCUCAUGCUCUUACUAUUCGCAUGGCACAUAAGGUGGAGUUUCCAUUUUUGGUACUCCUGUUGUCAGGAGGUCAUUGCUUGCUGGUGAUUGCGAAUUCUCUUGACCAUUGGUCUAUUAUUGGUCAAACAAUCGAUGAUGCACCAGGAGAAGCCUUAGAUAAGGGUGCAAGAAGGCUGAAACUCCGAAAUAUUCGUGAAUUUUCCUCAAUGUCUGGUGGGCAAGCUAUAGAAUACCUUGCUGCCACUGGUAACCCACGUGCCUAUGAAUUUCCAACCCCAAUGUGGAAAUACAGGGACUGCUCCUUCAGUUUUUCAGGCCUCAAAAACUCCUUGUUCAAAAUUAUUUCAAGACUGGAAGAGAAAUAUGAGGUUGAAGGUGGCAACAUCAUUCCUCCUAUUAAUGAUGUUUGUGCAUCAUUCCAGUAUGCUGUAACUAAGCAUCUGGUAAGACAGACUCAGAAAGCAAUGGUAUACAUUGACGUUCGAGACCUGCUUCCAAAAACAAAUAAAAUACUGGUAGUGUCAGGAGGUGUUGCCUGUAAUCAUUACAUACGUAGAGCACUACAAAAAUUAUGUGAUACAACUGGAUACCAGUUCCACUGUCCACCACCAAACCUUUGCACGGAUAAUGGUAUUAUGAUUGCAUGGAAUGGCAUGGAACGUUUGAAAGCCAAAACUGGUGUUCUUUAUAAAAAGGAAGACAUAGAAGCUGUUGUUUAUCAAUCAAAGUGCCAAAUAGGAACAGAUUUAACUGAUGAUGUUCGAAGUCUUGGGAUUCAUGCACAAAAAUGGGUUAAAUUUUGAUACUGUAUAUAAUGAGAGACAUUUAAUGUUACUGUGUAAUGUGUAUAUUGAAUUAAAGUUGUAAUUAGUUGUCAAUAUAAAUUUGAGUGAUAAAAUGGAAAUUUAUUUAACAUUUUGCACUCUGGCAGAAUUGCUCAUUUUUCCAGUCUGUCACAUGAACAUUAAUUUUUUUUUUCACACACCAGCUCUCGCUCCCACCAAGACAAAGUGACCCAGAAAAGAAGAAAUGUAAAGUUUUUCUUUUACUUUUAGUAAUUUAUACAGGAGAGGGUUACUAGCCCCGUGCUCCCAACAUUUUAGUCACCUCUUAGAGCACACUUGGAGAAAGGAUUCAUCUUCACUUCUCCAUGGAGAAUGAACAUUAAUGUAUCACACUGUUUUAAAGGUAUAAUAAAACUUGUCAUAUUCAGUGAAGUCGAGACCAAGAAUGUGCUCAUUUUACAUAGCAUAUUUCACUACACGAUAUUUUUAAAUAACUGUUGAUUGUACCCUACAAGGAGGGUUUUUUCAUGCUGGUGAAGGGCUCUUGAGUCAAGAAACUAGAGCUACUUUCCCCUUGGAUCAAACCUGAUUGCCCACACUUUCAGUCCUUUGGGACUGUAUGACCCUUUUGGGUUUAGUACCUUCCCAGUGGCAUGUACUCAGCCAAGGUAAGCACUGCUUACCCUAUAAAAAAAUUU